AUGUUGGAGAAAGUGGAAGGAUUUAACAUGGAGAGAGUGAUGGAGGAAUUUGAGAGGGUGACAAAGGAUGCUGGGAGGAUUCAAAGGGAGACCCUGAAAAGGAUUUUGGAAGAUAACGCUUCUGCUGAGUACUUGUUGAAGUUGGGCCUGAAUGGGAGGACUGACCCUGAGAGUUUCAAGGCCUUUGUUCCACUGGUCACUCACAAGGAACUGGAGCCUUAUAUCAAUAGAAUACUUAAUGGUGAUACUUCUUCUGUUCUCACUGGCAAACCCAUCACCACCAUGUCUUUGAGUUCUGGCACUACUCAGGGAAAGCCAAAAUAUGUGCCAUGGAAUGAUGAACUGUUUGACACCACAUUGCAGAUAUAUCACACCUCUUUUGCCUUCAGGAACAGGGAAUUUCCCUUAAACAAUGGCAAGGCCUUGGGCUUUAUCUACAGCAGCAAGCAGUUCAAGACUGAAGGGGGUGUGCUAGCUGGAACUGCCACAACCAAUGUGUUCCGCAACCCAGGGUUCAGGAAUGCAAUGAAGGCCACUCAGUCCCCAUUUUGCAGCCCUGAUGAAGUUAUAUUUGGUCCUGAUUUUCACCAAUCAUUGUACUGCCACCUCUUGUGUGGGCUAAUCUUCAGGGAAGAAGUUCAGAUGGUGUCUUCCACAUUUGCACACAGCAUUGUGUAUGCUUUCAGGACCUUUGAGCAAGUGUGGGAGGAGCUUUGUGUUGAUAUCAAAGAAGGGGUUCUUAACAGCAAGGUCACAGUUCCAUCCAUUCGGACAGCCAUGUCUAAGCUGCUCAAACCUGACCCUGAGCUGGCCAACUUGAUCCACGGCAAGUGCAUGGGGCUGAGUAACUGGUAUGGCCUAGUACCAGAGCUUUUCCCCCAUGUUAAGUAUGUUUAUGGAAUCAUGACUGGGUCAAUGGAACCUUAUUUGAAAAAGUUGAGGCAUUAUGCUGGAGAGUUGCCUUUGUUGACUUCUGACUAUGGAUCUUCUGAAGGGUGGGUAGGAACCAAUGUGAAACCAAGAGUGCCACCCGAAUUGGCCACUUACACUGUGCUUCCUCAAAUUGGCUACUUUGAAUUCAUCCCUCUGAGAGAGCAAGAAGGAACUAAGGGAGAUGCAAGUUUCCGUUGUAUGGAUCCUCAGCCUGUGGGACUCGCUGAUGUCAAGGUGGGUGAGGAGUAUGAGAUUGUCAUCACCAAUCCUGCAGGCUUGUACAGGUAUCGACUUGGUGAUGUGGUGAAGGUUAUGGGGUUCUAUAACUCAGCUCCAGAAGUGAAGUUUGUUAGGCGUAGCAACCUUCUACUUAGCAUCAACAUUGACAAGAACACAGAGACAGAUUUGCAGUUAGCUGUGGAAGCAGCAUCUCAAUUGUUGGCAGAGGAGAAAUUGGACGUUGUAGACUACACAAGCCACAUAGAUAUAUCCAAAGAGCCAGGCCACUAUGUGAUAUUCUGGGAAAUCAGUGGGGAAGCAAGUGAAGAAGUGCUUGGUGGAUGUUGCAACUGUUUGGACAAGUCUUUUGUGGAUGCUGGCUACACCAGUUCUCGCAAAGUCAACUGCAUUGGGGCCCUUGAACUCCGAGUUGUUCGGAGAGGAACAUUCCAGAAGAUUCUUGAGCACUUCCUCUCACAAGGAGCUGCUGUGAGUCAGUUCAAGACACCAAGAUGUGUAGGCCCUACAAACACCAAAGUGUUGCAAAUAUUGAAUGAAAAUGUUGUGAAGAACUAUCUCAGUACUGCCUUCAAUUGA